UAUCGGUAUUACAAUACAACAAGCAACAAGUGAAACUAUCGCAAUAAUACCGCGAGUUAAAAACUGUUUGAGCCUUGUCAUGUGUAGAGAGCAUAUAUAAAAAUGAAGUUUGAAAAUGGUUAAGAACUGUAAAGAAAAGUUGAUGUAAUUGAAUUAUAAGUAAAAUAUAGAAGACGAGUAGACGAUAUCAAGAUUAAAGAGAAUGAGUAGAUUUUUAAGCUCACUACGAAAUCUGGCAUCUGUAGCUGCAAACACUUCUAGCAGUAGUUCAAAAUCUGAAGAAGGUCAAGAUACAAGAAUGAAAUUUAGUUUGAUGCCUCAACGCGGUGAAAGUGGUUUUAGACAGUGGGUAGAUGCAAUGAAAAUGGUAGCCAAACUGCAAGGUGGAAUUCCUGGAGAAUUUCGUAGAAAGCUAUGGCUAACUUUAGCAGAAAGGCAUUUACAGCAACGCGGCGUUGACUGGAAACAAGCAGAGAAACUCUGUUUUAACGAAUGGUGCAAUCCUGAUGAUAAUGAACUUGGAAUUCAAAUUAUAAAGGAUUUACAUAGAACUGGAUGCAGCUUAUUUUGUGGUACAGCUGGCCGCGAUAAUCAAGCUGUGCUACGUCGUGUGCUUCUCGGUUUUGCGCGUUGGAAUAAAUCCGUAGGAUACUGUCAAGGUUUAAACGUUUUAGCGGCUCUCAUUCUUCAAGUAGUUGAUCGUGAUGAAUCUGCUGCUGUGAAAGUCAUGAUAUAUCUUAUUGAGGGUGUUCUUCCUGAGGGUUACUUUGCCGAUAGUUUAAAAGGGCUUUCCAUUGAUAUGGCAGUUUUUCGUGAUCUUCUGCACAUGCAUUUACCAAAACUGUCUAAACAUUUGGAAUGUUUACAAAAUAAUAAUACUAAAGAUAAUGCUACGGGAAGUGCCUAUGAACCACCAUUAACAAAUGUCUUUACAAUGCAAUGGUUUCUUACACUUUUCUGUCAUUGUUUACCUCCUGAUACAGUUCUAUGUGUUUGGGAUUUAAUUUUUCUCGAAGGUGAUGAUGUUCUUUUACGCACGGCUCUUGCCAUAUGGAAAGUACUUUCCGAUCGGAUUAUGACUGUAACAUCAGCAAAUGAAUUUUACAGUAUAAUGGGGGUACUUACUAGAGAAAUGUAUGAAUUUACUGAUACAAAUCAUCUUGUAAAGACCAUUGUUAGUAUGGGAACUCUUCAUGAGGUUCAGAGUUUAAGAGAAAACCACCGCUACAAUACUAUAUUGUGGACCAAAAGAACAAACAAUAACGAUAACACUGAUACAGAGAUUAAUGAGAAAUUAGCAAUUACAACUGCUGCAACUAUUUUUUCUAUUCCGAAAAAUAGAAAAUUAGAUCGACAUUCUUCUCAAAAGGUAAUAUCUAAUGACAGAGAACGCCUUGCUUUAGAUAUUAGCAUGCUAAAACAACAAUAUUCAAAAUUGCGAGAGCAUCAACGACAAGCUCACAUUAUUCUGACAAAUGCAUGUACACAACAUUCAACAGUACCGAUUCCAAACCCAACACAGGCAAUGAAUCAUUUGCUAAUUGGUAAAAAUGCAUUAACGAGUGCUAAAAAUCGGUCGAUUGGUCCCUCUUCAGAUUCAACACUUGCACAUGCUAAGAUCACAGCAUUGUAUAGUAAACCUAGGAAUCAAAAUCUUAAAGAUCGUCAACAGCUGGGAAUUACAAUCAAUUGGAAGGAUAUGAAAAAAAAUAAAAAAGAAUAUCAAACGUCUAAUCCAGUAGAAAUAUCCACUACCAAUACUAGUACACAGAAUUUAAUAGAUCGUGAAUUAUCCGAAGCUACUUUGCCAUUGACUAAUACUAUGAUGAAAUGGUCAUCUGACAUAGUCAGGGGCGGGACUGCCCUCGACAGUGAUAGCGACAGCACUUCUACAGAGCUCUGUGAUGAACCUGAUCGGUUGAGUGAUGUUGACAGUGAAGAACUAAAAUCAACCUCGGAAUGCUUUAUUAACGUGAAAACAAAUGUUGAGGAAGAAAGGUCCCCAGCAUUAAACAAUGAGAAUUCCAUUAUCGAGCAGAAACAGAACAUCAGAUCGAGUUCACCAUGUACAAAAGAAAGGAAUCCUACAAGUACAGAAAUAUUGGAAUUUGUUGAAUAUCAAGGGAUACAAGAACCAAAUAUGAAACAAUAUUCGAAGAUUGGGACUCCAAUUCAAGCUUUUGAUACACUGAAGUUCAACAGUUUUAAAGAAAAAUUUAAUUCAAAAGUAUUAUCUAAAGAUAAUUCCUUUAAUAAUAGUUUGAAACAAUACUCUUGUAUUGAGAACAAAGAUUAUUCAAAGAUUAUAAAUGAUGAAAUAGUAAUGAAGGAAAAAGUCUGUAACUUAGACAAGAAUAAAUUUAAAGAUAAGCUUCAAGAGAUAGAUAUAUUUUCAUCGCUACUAGGUAAUAAAUUAAACCACAGCAAUUCAUUUGAACAACCACACGAUAGUUCAUUGAAUGGAAACAAUGAGAUCCUUCAGUUAUGUACCAAAUCAUAUGAACGAAGUAGUGUUAAUUUAGAGAAAGAAUUUCCACAUACAAUACUAUCAUCAUCGUUAGAAGAUUUUACGAAUACUGUGAAAAAGCAAUCUUGUAAUGCUUUGGAAGACUUACAAUUUAUAGAAGAUGAAAUAGAUCCAAAUAUAGUAACAAAGAAUUCGAGUUUUAUUAUGGAGGAUUUAAAAAAUAGUUUUUCUAAACAAAUAAUUGGUGUACCUGGAAUAAGAAUUUCUGCAAAGGGUUGUAAGACAUAUAUAAUUGAACCAAAAUUUAAUAUCAAUGAUAAUAGCAAUAGUAUUUUAAAAUCAAUUACCUAUAGCAGUUCCAUUGGCAAUAAUCAUGAUAAUAAUCAAGGUGAAUUAAAGUUUGGGGUUUGGACGAAAGUAAAACCUCGUAAGUCUAAUGAUAUUAGGCAUAGAAGAAGUGAUAGAGCAUUGAAAAUUAUUCAAGAAAAUUCAGCAAUACUACAAAAGAUUUUAACUUGUCAAACUAAUAAAUGCUUACCUGAUUUAGAAGAAGUAUCAAAAAGCAUUACUAUCAGUCCAAUAAAUGAAGAAAUAUCUAAAAUUUUUAGUCCGAUUCUUGGAAAAAGGGGCCUGAAUGAAGAUAAAAUAAAUUUAAAAGAAUUAGAUCGUAAUACUGUAACUGCCUCAGAAUUUGACGCAAAGAUUGAUGAUGAAUUAUCAAAACUUUCAUUAAUUGAUGAUGAUGAAUUUGACUACCUUACAGAUGUCGAUAUAUCUUCUGAUUACUUAGUAGCUCGUGAUGCAUUCAUAGAUUAUCAAAUAAAUGAAGAACUCGCAAAGCUUCUUGCCAAUUACGAAGAAGUUUCUUCUAUUAAAUUUCAAAAGGAUUCAACCAAUCUCAAUACUAUAGAUGAUAAAUCAAUUUUACCAAAUAUGUCUUCUUAUAAAUUUGCAAACGAAUCUCUUAAUAAUAAAAAUGAUCAUAGUUUGAACGAUCCUGUACAUUCUUUUAUCUAUUCAGAUAAUCCUCUUUCGUAUAGACCUUGCGAUGAAUAUUUAACAUCACUUAAUGUUUUAACGACAAAUGAUAUUGAUAUCUACAGUCAAUUUGAUAAAGUGAAUGACACAUCGUAUAUUCAACAUCUACCAGCUGUCAAUACAGAAAUAAAUUGUCAAGAUAAUAUUAUUCCCAUAACAAGCUGUUUAUUUGAUAUUGAAGAAUCAUCAAAUAUUGAUGAUGCUACAUUAAUAAUGGAAAAAUCAAAUUAUAAUAUAUCCCAUAAAAAAAUUCCUUAUAAUAUUACAUGCAGUUCUUCAAUAUCUCAAACGUCAAAAAAUGACUACAAAUCAAAAAUUUCACAAAAAAAAAAGCUAAAUAAUGCCUACUUAACACAAGCAUAUGAUCAGAAGAAUUAUGUUGAUUUGGAUGGUUUCGAAAAUUCUACUUUUGAAUUAGCUUCGAAGAACACAGUUGUUUUACCAACAUUGAAUUAUGAGUGUGAAUACGAAAAGCACCUAUCUUCGAAGGAAAAUUUAAAACGCCAUACGAGGGAUCAUCACAAUGAAGAUUUACAUGUGAUGAAAAAAUCAACAGCACAAAACAUCGACCUUAAAUUCAGCUCUAUAGAAACUGACAAUACCGAAUUUGAUAAUACUGCAUGUUAUUACUCCAAUACACAAGUAAUUAAUUCUACAAUAAAAUAUGAAUCCAAUGAUGAUAAGAGAUUGUCAUUAAUUUCAACUAUAAAAACAAAUAACUAUAAAUCAAAUUAUCAAAUCAAUGGUUAUGAUAUAUCUUCCUUAGAAAAUUCUUCUGUUUACAAUGAAAAUGAUAAUAGGUCUAAACAAUCUUAUAAUAAUAGAACAUUAGAAUCCAAAUCACAAAUAUCUGCAAGUUUAACAAAUAUGCCAACUUCUAUUAAUCAUCAUCAAGAUAUUCAUGUUGUUUUACCUCACUACCAUUACAGUGCUUGUAAAAAAGUAAUAAAUAACACAUAUGCAACAAUUCCAGCAUGUUUUAAAAAUUCUUCAACAAAAACAUCUACAACAGUAACAACAAUAACAACACCCACUUCUCAAAUUACGUAUUCCAACACAUUUAUGGAUAAAAGUUUAAAAAAUUCAACAUUAACACUUACUAAUUUUGAAGAAAAUAAACUAAUUAUAGACGAUGAUACAAAAUCUAAUUUGGGUGAAAAUUUAAGUUCGGAGACCUGUAUAAUAAAUCCCAUUUCUUUAAAAACUUCACCAAGAAAGCCUGAAGAAUUAACGUUAAAAUUGGAAACACACUCAUCAACAAAAUAAUUUCAAUAAAAACAGUCUUAAUUUUUAUACUUAAUUUUAUUAAAGUUCAGACGAGUCGAUAUACAAGAUCGGAAAUUUAAAUUACAAAGAUUUUUAAUGUAUUAAUUUUAAAU